CAUGUGCGUGUGUGACAAUUCGUCUGCUAGUUCGGAAGGCGAUCAGUGAGUGUUUCGGUAAGGAAGACAUGCAAUGUUCAUCACCGCCCUCCAGAAAUGAACACUAAUCUGCUCAGGGUUUUGUGCAACUCGUCUGUACACAAGUGUGUGCGUCACAUCAGCGCUAAGCAAUCCUAUCCCAAGGCUGUGAAGCUGUCCUACACUGAACAUGACUUUGAGCAGACUGGCAGCUGGGAGGUUGGGAGCCUCGGCAACAAGGACUACGCCCCACUGAUGGUGCUACACGGACUGUUCGGCUCCAAGUCCAACUGGCACACUAUUGCCAAGAAGCUGGCAGAGGAUGGGCACAGGGUAAUAACGGUUGAUGGUCGUAACCAUGGUGACAGCGACCACAGUCCCAACAUGGAUUACUAUGCCAUGAGGGAUGAUGUUCUGCGAUUGAUGGAUGACCUUCACCUUGAGCAGACAGUUCUGGUUGGUCACAGUAUGGGAGGCAAGGUCGCAAUGACCCUUGCUCUAUCACAGCCUGAGCGUCUGAAGGCCCUGGUCGUGGUGGAUGUGGCCCCUGUGACCAGCCCCGGGGGGACGUUGCUGCUGUCGUAUGCGGAGAGGAUGCGGCAGAUCGUUCCUGACUCCCAUGUUCAAGUAUCCACAGCCAGGAAGGAGGCGGAGGUGCAGCUGAGACCCAUCGUGGAGAGUUCGCUAGUACGCCAGUUCUUGCUGACUAACCUGGUCGAGAAACACGGGAAGGUGCAGUGGAGAUUGAACUUGGACGCCAUAAUAGGCAGCUACCACAGUGUCAUGGAAUUCCCAGAAUUUUCUCACCCUUUUGAGAAACCUACCAAAUUCAUUGGAGGAAGUUUGUCACAUCAUAUAAGCUCCGAAACAAUCCCUGAGAUCAAGUCUCUUUUCCCGAUGGCGGACAUUACCCACAUCCCCGGUGCAGGACACUGGGUCCAUUCAGAAAACACCCCGGAGUUCCUCUCCAUCCUGUCUGACUUCCUGACGCAGGAGAGCUUGUCUUGAUGCUGGCUUCGUGUCACCUCACCACUCGUCUCCACAGAUGCAGAUGUUAUCUUAAUGUUAUUAUAUUUAUAUAUAUGUUCUUUCAACAAGAGCCAGUCUCGGUCCAACUUACUCACGAGGAGAGCUUGUCUUGAUGCCGGUAAUGCGUCACCUCGUCACUCGUCUCCACAGAUGCAGAUGUUAUCUUAAUGUUAUUAUAUUUAUAUAUAUGUUCUUUCAACAAGAGCCAGUCUCGGUCCAAAUUACUCAUGAGGAGAGCUUGUCUUGAUGCCGGUAUAGCGUCACCUCGUCACUAGUCACCACAGUUGAGAUAUUGUUUUUACAUUAAUGUAUUUUAUAUACCCUCUUUCAACAAGAGUCUCAGAUGAGGCACAAAAAAGGAACAAGGUUACACAAUAUGGCUUUCAAAGUCAGGAUCAACAAAACUAGUUAUGAUUUUUUUAACACUUUUUUUCUUUCUGGAUAGAAAUCCAACAAAACGGGUUGCAUGAAAUAUUAGUAACAAAUGUUAUAACCCAGUGGGUUUGAUUGCUGACUUUGUGUGCUGGCGAUUAGGGCCUCACUCUGGCCGUGUGGGUUCGAUUUCUGGAUGGGACUCAACCCAAAAUUUUACUAGAAUCUGUAAAAAAACAUUUGUUACAUUUAACCACUUUCUAAAUGGCAUUAUGUUCAUGAAGUAUUAGGAUCAUACGUUUAUCUCGAACAACAGAUGCGUGUGUCCUAUAAUACUGAUCAUUACUGUAGUAAACUACGGUUAUAACGAACUCAAAGGGACCACUGAUUUUAGUUCGUGCUAACUGUAGUUUGUUAUAAGCAUAUAUACAACAAAAUGGCGGGGACUAAAAAAUAAGUUUGUUAUAUAAGUCAGUUCCUUAUAAGCGUGUUCAUUAUAAACAUAGUUUACUGUAGUUUGAUAAUAGAGCUUCAGUUUUCUGUUAUGGUUCAGUGUAGCAACAGCUCGUUACAUGGAUUAUAUAUAUCUCUUACAGUCCUGAGAACCUAAUCCUCUGUUACAGUGUAGCAUUAAACUGUAAACUUUUGGAUGAUCUCUAAUAAGAUUUGAAUUAUGAUUGUAUCAGAUGUUUGUUUUCCAUUGUGAUUUAAGUCUGUGAUGUGGUCGCCUACAACAAUGUGACAUUAUCUGCAAACAAUCAUGUUGCUAUAUAUAUAAGUGGAAUAAUCUUGAACGCAAUGUUAAACCCCAUUUCACCUCACCUGUGUCAAAAUGUCGUCAUGUUACUAUAUAAGUGGGACAUUCUUAACACAAUGUUAAAUCCCAUUUCACCUCACCUAUGUCCAAAUGUCGUCAUGUUACUAUAUAAGUGGGACAAUCUUAACGCAAUGUUAAACCCCAUUUCACCUCACUUAUCGGCAAAUGUGUGACAAAAUUGGAGUUGUUACAUUUUAACCUUUAUUUCAGCUGAAAUAAAAUAUUUUGUUUCUUGUUUCCUGUGUCAGACAAGGGGGCAUGUUACCUGUUAACAUGGAAUUCUGAUAAAUAUUUUUCAGAACAAGUGUAGCUUAAUUUUCAUGCAUUUUGUGUCUUUCACUGAACAAAACAAAUUCUGAGAAAAUGCACAUCAUCAGAAACAGAGAACAAGAAACAGUGGAGCUGUAUUCGUGAGUGUUUCUACAAGGAUUGGAGUUUAGAUUUCUCCAAAGCCAUCAUGCAUUAGACACAGUUUCAGAAUCAAAAGAUAUUUUGUUAUUUGCAUUUUGCAGUGGAUAGAGUACAGUGGUUGGGGCCCUAUGUAUAGAGUGGCCCCUACGUAUAGAGUGGGCCCUAUGUAUAGAGUGGCCCCUACAUAUAGUGUGGGCCCUAUGUAUAGAGUGGCCCCUAUGUAUAGAGUGGGCCCUAUUUAAAGAGUGGGCCCUACGUAUAGAGUGGGCCCUGCGUAUAGAGUGGGCCCUAUUUAAAGAGUGGGCCCUACGUAUAGAGUGGGCCCUACGUAUAGAGUGGGCCCUAUGUAUAGAGUGGCCCCUACAUAUAGUGUGGGCCCUAUGUAUAGAGUGGCCCCUAUGUAUAGAGUGGGCCCUAUUUAAAGAGUGGGCCCUACGUAGAGAGUGGGCCCUGCGUAUAGAGUGGGCCCUAUUUAAAGAGUGGGCCCUACGUAGAGAGUGGGCCCUACGUAUAGAGUGGGCCCUACGUAUAGAGUGGGCCCUACGUAUACAGUGAUCGAAUGCAGAGUCAGAUGCUGGACCCCGGAGGGUUCCAAAUUACAAUCAGGUCUGUUUCACCUCCAACCCCACCCUGGUUCCGCCACUGUUGUUUUAAUUUAUGCAUGGUAUAUAGGUAUUUUCACAGGUAUGGAUACAAACCUUUACUUCAGAGUACUUCUCUACUACCUUGGCUAGGGAUACGAGUCAAACCGAGGCUGACAAAAAACAAUUAGUUCUGAGGAAAUAAUUAAGAAUAAGUGCUGAUUGGUGGCCGUUUUGUUUUGGUGAACACAAUGUGGUUCCAGAGGGAACAAAUCUUGAAUCAUGUGAUUGUAGUGCUAUGACUUUUGUUAAUCUCAUACCCUAAAAAUACUGAGCUUGGCCAAUUGGCAACCCCAUCAAGUUGAUUGAGAUCAUUCAGCAGGGUAAGAAAUUCCCUAAACUUUCAGACAACCAGACUGGCAACAUUGUGAAGUCCAGAAUUUUCCAUAAUAACAAACAAAAGUAACAAAUGUGUAAACAUAAGAAUAGCACUGUUUAAUUUUAGUUAUCAGAAAAUAACAAUAAACUGGUGGAUUGUCAACUUAGUAACUUUAAGUCCCGACCAUUGAGCGUGCAACUUUUCAAAACUGACUGUCAGCGAAAUAGACCGUCGGGCUGGUGGAUAUUUUUAAACAGUACAUUCAGAUACUUCACUGUGUGUUUUUAUGUCAAGUUGUGUUCAUCAAUCUUACAGUUACUGAUUCCUCCAAUUAUUAACAAUCAAUGUCUCAGUUUUACGAAGUUACAGAAUCUGGAGCUUGACAGAAGGUGAGCAUCAGAUCAUUGAACAUUGAACAGUACCACAGAUCUGUGAGGGUGACAGUGGUAGUGUUAAAUCACCUGGUGCAGAAUAUAGUUGCCAUUGAUGUAUUAUAAUGGGCAUUAAAGUGGUUUGAGUCUUUGCUAGUCUAGUAGCUGGGUUCGUUGAAGCCACUCCUUCUUGCCUGUCACCAUGGUGAUGUAACCUCAAUGUUUGAAACUAAGCAUGAUUUGUUUUGUUUGAUGUUUAAUGCCAUACUUAGCAAUAUUCCAGCUAUAUGAUGGCGGUCUAAUUAAUUGAGUCUGGACCAGACAGUCCAGUGAUUGAUCAACCAGCAAUGUUUGAAAAGGUUUUCAACUAUUAAAUACUGUGGUUGUGUUGGUUAUUGAUGUUCGUGACUUGUUUGAUUGCAUGUCCUUGUACCCUGAUGACCUGAAUCAGUAUGCAUAAUAUCAAUCACUGGAUUGUCUGGUGACUUGUUUGAUGGCAUGUCCUUGUACCGUGAUGACCUGAAUCAAUGUGCAUAAUAUCAAUCACUGGAUUGUCUGGUCAGGCUGUUGUCCUAUAGCUGGAAUAUUCAGCAUGAGAAACACACUGGCGUGGUAGUCAAUGUGAUAGAUGCGUUAUGUCUAUUAGUGUUGUCCUCGGCUGAUGUGUUUGCUGCUGUGUCCCUCGCUAGACUUGCGAGUGGAGCAUGAUGCUUUGGGAAUUUUGAACAACUGCAAAGGCUUCUUCUUUGUCAGGUGUUGUAAAGAGAUGUAUGUUAUACCUGCUUGUGUCACAUGUAGAGUCGGAGGACUUGUGCUUGUUGUAUCAUAUAUUUGUAAUAAACAGUUUUUAUGAGUA